GUGUGAUGUUUGAGUUAAGGUGAGAGGUGCCGUGUUGAGGCGAGAUUCCGCAGGCUGUUUUUGGCAGAGAGAGAGAGAUGCUGGUUCACUCAGCCCACAACCUUGCUGAAUCACAAUGCCUGAGAGCUCUUGGCACCAGCUGUACAUUUCUCCUCUCCAAAAUGCAGAGAAACGCAGUGCCAUCCGCCUCCAGUGUGUAGCCUAAACUUCCGGCACUUUCUACCACGGUAAACCUCGGAUCGCCCUCUGUAAACCACAGAUCACCCCUGAUCUUUCUCCGGAGACCCCGCUGCACGGCACGCUCUCCGGGUCCCGGCCCAGAGUGCCCCAUCCGCGGUCCCGCAAGCGCAGCGACGCCGGGCGGAGCCCACCGUGUGGCAGGAUGGAGGUGGGCAUGCGUGUGGUGCGCGGCGUUGACUGGAAAUGGGGUAACCAGGACGAUGGAGAGGGUCACGUCGGAACGGUGGUUGAGAUCGGACGGCAGGGAAGCACAACGACGCCUGACAAAACCGUCGUGGUUCAGUGGGACAGCGGAACACGCACCAACUACCGCACCGGCUACCAGGGCUGCUAUGACCUCCUGCUGUACGACAACGCUCAGAUUGGUGUCCGUCACUCGAACAUCAUCUGUGACAGCUGUAAGAAGCAUGGAAUUAUGGGAAUGCGUUGGAAAUGUAAGGUGUGUUUUGACUAUGACCUGUGCACUCACUGCUACAUGAACAACAAGCACGACUUGUCUCAUCCCUUUGAGCGCUACGAAACAGCACAUUCGCAGCCAGUGAGCUUGGCGCCGAGGCAGAACCUCUCACGGAUCAUCCUCAAAGGAAUUUUCCAGGGUGUGAAGGUGGUCCGCGGGCCAGACUGGGAUUGGGGCAACCAAGACGGAGGUGAGGGAAAGGUGGGGAAGGUGGUUGAUAUUCGUGGUUGGGACACGGAGUCAGGUCGCAGUGUUGCCAGUGUCACGUGGUCCAACGGGACAACCAAUGUUUACAGAAUGGGCCACAAAGGCAAAGUGGACCUAAAAUACGUCACAGACGGACAGGGAGGUUAUUACUACAGAGAGCACCUGCCCAAACUAGGCGAGCAUGCAGAGCUGCAGAGGCAAGAGAGCGCAGACAGUCACACCUUUCAGCAGGGUGAUAAGGUCAAGUGUCUGUUAGAGGUGGACAUCCUCAGACAGAUGCAGGAGGGGCACGGCGGCUGGAACCCCAAAAUGGCCGAGUAUAUCAGCAGAAUUGGAACAGUACACAGAAUAACUGACCGUGGGGAUGUGAGGGUGCAGUACAGCAAUAACAUCCGCUGGACCUUCCACCCUGGAGCUUUGACCAAGGUGAACACAUUUGCUGUAGGGGAGCUGGUGAGAGUGCUGGAUGACAUUGAAACUGUGAAGAGGCUGCAGGCGGGUCAUGGAGAAUGGACAGACAGCAUGGCACCUGCUCUUGGUCAGGUGGGAAAAGUCCUGAAGGUCUAUGCAGACGGUGACUUGCGAGUGGCGUUUGGAACCCAGACCUGGACCUUUAACCCGGCCUGUCUGUCAGCCCAGCCCGGAGAAGUGGACGCCAAUCUAAUGUCUGACGAGGACUCCAGCGAAUCAGGAAGUACACUGAUAUCGAUCCUGGAGAAACUGCUGUCUCAGUCCCCAGAACAGGAUAACCCCAGCAGGCUGGUCAUUGAGGCCGCGCACGGCAGUGCAGCCAAAGUCCGCGAGCUGCUGCAGAAAUACCCAGACAAGGUGGAUAUAAAGAACCAAGGGAAGACGGCCUUGCAGGUGGCUUCCCACCAGGGUCACAUGGACGUGGUCAAGGUUCUGCUCCAGGCCAACAGCAGCAUCGAGCUGAAAGACGAGGAUGGAGACACGGCGCUCCACUACACAGCGUUUGGGAACCAGGCAGAUAUAACUCGCCUGCUAAUUAACAAAGGUGCGAACGUCAACACUCUCAACAACUCCAUGUGCACUGCACUUCACAUUGCUGUCAACAAGGGCUUCCCAGACGUGGUCAGGGUCCUGUCUGAACUUGCAGCCGACGUCAACCUGCAGGACUCGUACGGGGACACACCCCUUCACGAUGCUAUUGCCAAAGACUUCCGCGACAUCAUCGAGAUCCUGACAGCCGUGCCCAACAUCGACUUCACUCAACAGAACAACCGCGGAUUCAACUUGCUUCACCACGCCUCACUAAAGGGCAACAAACUGGCGACAGAGAAGAUCCUGGCCCGGGCGCGACAGCUGGCAGAUGUGAAAAAGGAGGACGGAUUCGCUGCGCUGCACUUGGCCGCGCUCAACAACCACCGAGAUGUCGCUGAGAUCCUAAUCAAAGAGGGUCGAUGUGACGUGAACAUUCGAAACAACCGUAACCAGACUCCGCUCCAGCUGGCGGUGACGCAGGGACACACGGAGCUGGUCCAGCUGCUGGUGGCUGAGGGAGCUGACGUCAAUGCCGAGGACGAAGACGGAGACACGGCCAUGCACAUCGCCCUCAGCCGCCAACGACUCGCCAACGUCAUGACAACAGCCGACGGAGAGGGCUCUGGGCUCUACAGUCGACUGAGUGCCUCGGGUCUCCUGGGUAACACAGAGCUGAACGUGGGCACAGCCAUCGCCUGUUUCCUGGCACAGGAGGGGGCAGAUAUAAACUACGCUAACCACAAGGGCAAAAGCCCGCUAGACCUGGUCACAGACAGCACUGUCCUACAGCUCAUCAGGAGUUUCUCAGAGAAACACAGGUUGCAACAGCUCCAGGCGAGUACAUGUGGCACAGGCACCAGCAGCAGCAGUCUGAGACGUGUCCACACGACACCAAACACCAUGACCAACCUGGCCAUGCCCAGCGUGCCUGGCCCCAGCGAAUGCCUCAUCUGCUCUGAACUGGCACUGCUGGUCCUCUUCUCCCCCUGCCAACACAGUGUGGCCUGCGAGGAGUGUGCUCAUAGAAUGAAGAAAUGCAUCAAAUGCCAGGUCACAAUCACCAAGAAAAUUCGACAAGACCAAACAGAGGUGGACUUCAGUCCCAGCUCAGAGAACUCAGAGCAGCAUAACCUGCUGGAGCAGCUGCAGUCCCGUUACAGACAGAUGGAGGAACGAAUCACCUGCCCUAUCUGCAUCGACAACCACAUCAAACUGGUCUUCCAGUGUGGCCACGCCUCCUGCAUCGACUGCAGCGCGGCCCUCAAGACCUGUCCUAUCUGCAGACAGACCAUCCGCGAGAGGAUCCAGCUCUUCGUCUAACACACACACAUACACACACACAACACACACACUAAUACGUAUGGAUCAAUUUCCAACAACUGCUGGACGACGCGUGACCAUUUUCAUCAGCCUGCUGUCAGCCAACCAGCCCGUCUUUCCUGAUUAUCCAAUCAGAGCCUCCCUCUUACUUGGCCGUCCUGCUAAAUGAACCAGCUGACCCGCCCAUCCUGGACUGAGCUGUGUUUAAGCCAAGUUUGACAGACAAACUGUAACCACAGCCACCUUCUGCAUGAGAGACUUGACACUACGCUGUUAUGGUGGGUUAGUGGGACACUGAGUGUGUGCACACGUAUGGCAAUGGGCUCGCUUGUGUGUAUGAAAGUUUGAAUGUGUGUGCGUGUGUCAUGCAUCAGAAACGGCUUGGUCCUAAAAGAGAUCUCCGCAAAAUGACACACACUCAGAAACACACUUUUCUCCUGCUGGCUCUACCCCCUAACUUAUUGUUUUUUUGUUUUUUUUUUUAGUUCAACUCAACAGGCUCCAUUCUGACAGAGCUGAAACUUGUAUAACACCCAAAACCCACCCGCCCCCAACCCACCCGCUGAAGUCUCAGUUUUAUCGGCUGUUGCAUUUUGAGAAACAUAUUCUGUUGUCCUUUCACAGACUCCAUGUCUGUCAUUCACUUUGUUAGUUUUUCUUUGGAAAGCCCCUCCCCUGAUCUUUCCAAACCCAAGAGAUAUGCAUUAUAAGCAUGCCGGUAUGCAUAUUACUUAGAUGACUCAGUGUGUCUUGGAUUACAUUAGUGGUUUAAAGAAACUGGCAACCAGGACUGUUUAUAUCUGAUGGUGUUCCUAUUUAUCAAAGUAAUAAUAGUUUUAUAGCUGGCUGUUGUCUUUCUGGGGUCGGCUUAGCAAUGUUGCUAGCUGAUGAAGAAGCCCAAAAAACAUCCAACGUCCCGUUUGACCGAUGACAAACGCUUGGCAGAUGUUUUGACGAAUGUUCAGAACGCAAAGUCGCAAAACAAACAUUAAUUGUAAAGUUUUGUGUAGACAGACGUUGAGAUAGCUAAUCAUUUUCUUGAAUGACAGAGAAGCCAUCUUGUGUUAAACAAAGCAUGGCAGUGUAUUUGUGUAGGUCCAUUUCACUAUCACACGAACUCUCAGUAAUCUGCAUUCUGCUCUUCGUCUAAAGCAUUUCUUAGCCUCUUUGCUGGUAUUUACGCGUCUCAGUUCGGACUGUCGAAGCAGCAUCGGCUGUUUUCUGGGAAAGAGCCUGAUUCCGUACAAGUCCUCAUCAAGCUCUGACUGCAUUUUCUGAUUUUUGCUAAGAGAUUAGCAUGAGCUGUCGAAGUAUGUCACAUAUACCACAUAUCUCAUAGGCGACAGAAAGACACUGCUGCUCCGGGAAGAACAGACCAACCUCUCGGCUUUGGGCAUGGAUUUCUUUCUGGUGUUGCUUGUUAAAAAACGAAAACGAAAUAAGCAUUACAUUAAAAUGGUGAGAAAACAGGAGAAAAAAAAAGAAUCAGUCGACUGCGUUUGACAGAGUCGUCCGAACUACAACCCUCCAGUAAGACCUCACCUGGGAUUGUAAUUUAACUACUUCAGGCUACAUCACCACCCCUUGUAGUUCGAUCGUCAUAUUAUUAAAUGUUUCGUUCUAGAAGGGCUUAAUGUAUGCAUUUAAGAAAUUAUUCUAUUUUAAUCGAUACUUUUUUUUAUAUUAUUCGGUGUCCAGCUACAAGGGGUUUAUAGCUCCCGCUUUUGGGGGCUGGGGUGGGAGGUGGGGUGUAACUCUGAGAUGUACAUUUGAAUGUCAGAAAUGUAUCCUAAAUUAAUUUGCCUUCUGCUAAGUCGGACGCUGUAACCACCUGUAGGUCAAUAGGAGUGAGCCACAUGAAAAGAGAGCGCGACACCAGUGCCAAAAAACUGAGCGAGUGCGCAGAGUCGCGCGCUUAUAGUUUCCACAGUUGUGUACGGAGCCUUCGUAAUGUUUUCUAUUCAUUUAACCGAUCUAUAUUCUUCAUGUCAGGAACUGAAAUAUUAGCCUAGCUACCCUGAAUUCAGAGGCUUUUGUUGUAACUAGCUGUGAAAACUGGAAUUCCGAACAGAUUUUCUUUUCCAAUGUAUAGGUCAAAAGAUGCAGAUAAAUGAAUGAAUGAAAAACGACAAUAACAAAAAAUACUAUUUUCUGCUGAGAUAAGCAGACAGAUGACACGUAUCAGAGACAAGGAAAAGACUCCAGCCGUCAGUUUUCCACAUUAAACUCUGGACAGCCGAUCUUACAGCCUGUUGAGGGGUGACGUGAGGUAGGCCUACACUUUCAUUCACGUCACGUUGUCACGACAAAAAUAAGCAGUUAAUGACAUGUGUAGAAAAAAUUACACAGUUUGUAGGAAUUUCAGUUUUCAUUGUUAAUGUUAGUUUCCCGGUGAACAUGAAUGAGGUAAAUCAGUGAGCUCACUGUUGGAAUAUAAUUCAUGGUUUCUUAUUUACCCAGUGUUAAUAGUCCUCAUAUUCACAGGAGGACAUCUCCUGGAGAACAUCAAAGAUUUAUAUAAUACAAAUGUAACUGACACUUUGUCCAUACCCAGGAAGUUUUAAGUUAAAGCUUUUUCUGAUAUGGGUUACUCAUGUGUUUUCCCCCUUUUUUAUUUUCAUGGUUUAAAAACUAUCUCGGUUCUGUCUAUAAAAACAAGUGAACCUGCAACGAUAAAUUGCAGUGUGGUGUCCAGGUGUAAAUGAUUGAAUUAUCACUGAGUAAAUUUUAGGCAAUAACCAAUGAGGAGAGAAGCAGUGUCGUUUUGAAAUGUACGGCUGCGUUUCACUUUAAGAAGAAGAAGUAUGUGGAAACAUAAUUUAAGCUACACGAAGUUACGGUUGAUGCGUGUAUAGAUCAGCACACUGAGUUCUGGUGUUGGCCUUACUGUUAAUUCCAACUACGUUGAUGGAUUAAUUUUGUUUUGAAGUUUUCGUUUCGUUCUUUCUUUUCGGUUGUACUCUGUAAAAAUA